UCACAUAACCCCUUCCCAUCUCUCUCUCUCUCUCUCUCUCUCUCUCUCUCUCUCUCUGUCCACCAAUUCAUCAUCUCAGCCGUCGAUCAUGUCGGCGAAGGGCAAGGACUGCGGUAACCACACGAGGAAGAAGCUCUACCGUCGGCUCUUCGCGCUCUUCCUGACCAUCAUAAUCGCGAUUCUCUUCGUGAUCCUGGUGAUCUGGCUAGUCCUGAGGCCUACCAAACCACGCUUCUCAAUCCAAGACGCGACGAUCUACCAAUUCAAUGUGACCGCACCCAACAUCCUGUCCACGACCCUCCAGGUCACUCUCUACUGCCGCAACCCCAACGAUCGGAUCGGCAUCUACUACAGCAAGCUCUACGUUUACGCCUCUUACCGUAAUCAACAGAUCACGCUCCCUACUGUAAUCCUCCCCAACUACCAGGGCCAUAAUGACAUCACCGUCUGGUCCCCCUUCCUUUACGGCUCGUCCGUCCCGGUCUCCACCUACCUCACCUCCGCCCUCAGCGGCGAUGAAAACGCCGGCUUCAUUCCUGUCAGCAUCAAGCUCGAUGGACGGGUCAAAUGGAAGGUCGGCACUUGGAUCUCCGGCCACUACCAUAUCUACGUCAACUGCCCAGCCUACAUGAUCUACAGCCCGGGCUCCGCCAUCCGCUUGCAGCAGCCCAGCGGCUGCAGCGUCGACGUCUGAGGGUGGGUUCCGGUCAAAUCGGGCCCAACAAUCCGCUUGCAGCAGCCCUGCAGCGUCGAUGUCGGUGCGCGGGCUCGGUUCUAAUCGGUUCCACGACGGUCCGUUUGUCUCCGUUUUCCGUUAUAAUGCCGUAGUUUUAUUUUUUAUUUUUAUUUUUCCUUCUAUGUAUGGAAAUUAGCGAGGAGGAAUUCCAUGAUCCUCGGGUCAAGGAUAUGUGUGUUAUUCUCGGUUAUUGAGUUUGUGUUGGUAGGUCACGAAAUCCGGCGAUCCAGAACGUUGAUUCCAUCUUAUCCAAUCAUAACCGUGAUUGAUGACCUAUCAACGGUCAAGAUGACCGAAGGAUGGCCUCCCUAGAAAAAAAAAAUCAAGGGUCGAGGACUCUGAACAUCCUCCGGCUGAGGAUCAUGUAAUUCCUUGUGAAGGGAGAUUAAGGCUGUAUAUUUCUUUCUUUUUUUUCAGUAAAAUGAAAAAAAACGCAAAGAAAAUAAAUGUAUUGUCGUCAAAUGUAUGUAAUAUUUUGUCACUACAAUAAUAUUUUUAAAUAAAUAGGAUUUGGAUUUCUGUUA